AUGAAGCUCCUUACCAUCACAGCGCUCUUCGUCGCCGGCGCCCUUGCCGUGCCCGCGAGCUCCUACCCGCCUCCGCCUCCUCCUGACUACGGCGACGGAGGUGACAACGGAGGCUACUCUCCUGUUCCCAGCAGCAGCGGAGACGGCUACGGCUACGUGCCCCCUACUCCUACCCCCCCUCUUCCCCCUCCUCCCCCCAGCUACGACGAUGGAGGCGAUUAUGAACCUCCCACCGACGGGGAUGGCGAUUCUUCUGACGGUGGGGAUGAUGGCGAUGAUAGCGACGAUAGUGGCGAUGAUAGCGACGGAGAACGCAGUGGUUCCAACAUUUGCCCUAAUGUUCUUUAUGGUGUUGCUCAGUGCUGCGAUACAGUUGUGGCAGGCCUUCUUGGUCUAGGCUGUGACAAUCCCCACCAGGAACCUCACAGCAUGCAAGAUCUUAAAAGCAUUUGCAAGGAAGAAGGCCAAAAGGGUGCAUGUUGCACUGUCAAAUUGCUCGGCCUGGCCGUUCUCUGCGAAGGUUGA